GGGCUCCCCGCCGGCGGCGCCUGCGCACGGCGGGCCCGCUGCCGGUUGGUGCCGGCGCUCCGCAGUGGGGGAGCGGCGGGCGCGGAGCCCCAGUGCCGGUCCCAGCGCCAGAGCCAGCGCCGGGCGCAGCCAUGUCCGUGGUGGGCAUCGACCUCGGCUUCCUCAACUGCUACAUCGGCGUGGCGCGGAGCGGCGGCAUCGAGACCAUCGCCAACGAGUACAGCGACCGCUGCACGCCAGCAUGUAUAUCUUUAGGAUCCAAGACCCGAGCCAUCGGGAAUGCAGCAAAGAGCCAGAUCAUCACAAAUGUGAAAAAUGCAGUCCAUGGCUUCAAAAAACUGCAUGGAAGAGCGUUUGAAGAUCCUUACAUCCAAGCUGAGAGGGCCAAACUUCCCUAUGAGCUUCAGAAGAUGCCAAAUGGCUCUGUAGGAGUGAAGGUGAGGUACCUGGAUGAAGAGAGACUGUUUGCAGUGGAACAGAUCACAGGAAUGCUGCUGGCCAAGCUGAAGGAGACUUCAGAAAGUGCUUUGAAGAAACCAGUGGCUGACUGUGUGAUUUCAGUCCCCAGUUUCUUCACUGAUGCUGAAAGAAGGUCUGUAAUGGCAGCUGCACAGAUUGCAGGAUUAAAUUGUCUGAAGCUGAUGAAUGAAACUACAGCAGUUGCAUUAGCCUAUGGAAUAUACAAGCAAGAUCUGCCAGCCUUGGAAGAGAAGCCAAGAAAUGUGGUCUUUGUAGAUAUGGGGCAUUCUGCAUAUCAGGUUUCCAUCUGUGCUUUUAACAAGGGAAAACUGAAGGUCUUGGCCACUACCUUUGACCCUUUCGUAGGUGGCAGGAAUUUUGAUGAGGCUUUGGUAGAUUACUUCUCUGAAGAAUUUAGGACAAAAUACAAGCUGAAUGUCAAGGAGAACCCCCGGGCCCUGCUGCGAUUGUACCAGGAAUGUGAGAAGCUCAAGAAGCUGAUGAGCGCCAACGCCUCCGACCUUCCCCUCAACAUCGAGUGCUUCAUGAACGACCUGGAUGUCUCCAGUAAGAUGAACAGAGCUCAGUUCGAGCAGCUGUGUGCUGCCCUUCUGGCCAGAGUGGAGCCUCCUCUAAGAGCAGCCAUGGAUCAAGCCAAGCUUCAGCGUGAAGAUAUCUACAGUAUAGAAAUAGUAGGUGGGGCUACUAGAAUUCCAGCAGUGAAGGAACAGAUCUCUAACUUUUUCUGUAAAGAGAUAAGCACCACGCUAAAUGCUGAUGAAGCUGUUGCAAGAGGCUGUGCCUUGCAGUGUGCAAUUCUUUCUCCAGCUUUUAAAGUGCGUGAGUUUUCCAUCACAGAUGUUGUUCCUUACUCUAUAACAUUGAGAUGGAAAUCAUCUUAUGAAGAAGGAACAGGGGAGUGUGAAGUCUUCAGUAAGAACCAUGCUGCUCCAUUCUCAAAAGUAAUUACCUUCCACAAGAAGGAGCCUUUUGACUUGGAAGCUUAUUAUACCCAUCCACAUGAAGUGCCUUAUCCUGAUUCCAGAAUAGGGCGUUUCACUAUUCAGAACGUGAGUCCCCAGCACGACGGCGACAACUCCAAGGUGAAGGUGAAAGUGCGAGUCAACAUCCACGGGCUGUUCAGCGUGGCCAGCGCCUCCAUCAUCGAGAAGCUGAGCGUGGAGGGCGAGCACAACGACACCCCCAUGGACACCGAGUCUGCAAGUAAGAACCAAGGCAGAGAUGAGGAGCUGGAUAAAAUGCAGGUUGAUCAAGAAGAGGGUGUGCAGAAAAGUCAAGCUGAACAACAGAACCAGGCAGAUGAGGAGACUGAAAAUGCUGGAAAUGAAACAAAGGCUGCUUCUGGAGAAAAGCAAGAUCAUCCCUCCCAGCCAAAGGCUAAAACAAAAGUUAAGAGUAUUGACCUCCCUAUACAGGCAAGCCUCUGUAGGCAGCUGGGACAAGAUCUGAUCAAUUCCUAUAUAGAAAAUGAGGGGAAGAUGAUGAUGCAGGACAAGCUGGAGAAGGAACGAAAUGAUGCUAAGAAUGCUGUUGAAGAAUAUGUGUAUGAAUUCAGAGACAAGCUGUGUGGAGCCUUUGAGAAAUUCAUCACUGAAGAAGACUCAAACAAGCUGACCUUGAUGUUGGAGGACACAGAAAACUGGCUUUAUGAAGAUGGAGAGGACCAGCCAAAACAAGUAUACAUGGAUAAGCUUCAGGAAUUAAAAAAAUUUGGACAGCCUAUCCAGGAAAGAUGCAUAGAACAUGAAGAGAGACCAAAAGUUCUAAAUGAACUGGGGAAGAAGAUUCAGCUCCUUAUGAAAGCAGUAGAAGCAUACAAAAAUAAGGAUGAAAAAUAUGACCACCUAGAUCCUGCUGAGAUGGAGAAAGUUGAAAAAUACAUUAAUGAGGCUAUGAAUUGGUUGAACAGCAAAAUGAAUGCCCAGAACAAACUCAGUCUAACUCAGGAUCCAGUUGUCAAAGUGGCAGAAAUACUUGCAAAAUCUAAGGAGUUGGACAGCUUCUGUAACCCCAUUCUGUCCAAGCCCAAGCCGAAGAUAGAAGCUCCCAGUGAGGGGCAGGCCAAAGCUAACGGGGAGCACAACGGGCCCGUGAACGGACAGAGCGCUGCCGAAAGCAAGCCCGAAGCGGCCAAGGACAACCCCCAGCAGACCAAACCCCCCGGGGAAAUGGAAGUGGACUAAACCUUGCAUUUCUUUUACUUCAUUAAAAUAGUGCAAGUAACCACAGGGUCCAUUCUUUUUGUCUGGUACACACCUCAGAUGUUCAGUUAUUCUUAGCCAAACUUCUGUCAUUUGUUGCUGAGUAGUUUUGAAAGUGUUUUAUAUUAAGUACACCUCUGAUGUUCAUUUCCACUGAUGCUGCUUAUGUGGAGCUUUAGCCAAAUGUAGAUUGUAUAAGUCAGUUGAAGCUUUCCCAAUAUAUUUUAUAUCAAACAUACAGAAUUGAUAUAUAAAUGGCAACAAUCUACCUUAUUUAAAGCUUUUAUUGUGGAUAAACCUCAGCUCCUUUAUUCAGGAAAGGAUACUGUAUUGCACUACUGAUGCUCAAGUGUAGAUCUAAUCGCAUCUUUAUUUUGGAAAAAUAUUGGAAUCGAAGUGGCAAAACCUGUCACUUCAAGCACUGACCUUUUCUAGUUAAUGUAUUGUUAUAAUUUAAAUAUUAAAUAGAGGUUAGUUGGCA